UUGCUUCAUAUACACCUUGUCUUAAGAUCUCUGUUUCACUCUAUCACCCUGCAUUUAUACAAACACGCAAUCAUUCUACAACUUGUCUCAGUAAAGCUCUCUUCAUCUUUCUUCUUCCCUCUUCAUGGCUUUCUUUCUUUUCCUUCUUGUGAUUCUUAUGGUCCCUUCAAGCAAUGCUCAGUGGCCUCCUUCCCCUGGCUACUGGCCAAGCUCCAAGUUCAGGUCACUGAGCUUUUACGAAGGAUAUAGAAAUCUCUGGGGUCCUACGCACCAAAGCUUUGACCAAAAUGCAUUAACAAUCUGGCUUGAUCGUACCUCAGGAAGCGGGUUCAAGUCGGUCCGCCCGUUUCGAUCCGGGUAUUUCGGGGCCUCCAUUAAGCUUCAACCUGGCUACACUGCUGGAGUCAUAACAGCUUUCUAUCUCUCCAACAACGAAGCUCAUCCAGGUUUCCACGAUGAAGUGGACAUUGAGUUCCUGGGGACAACAUUUGGGAAGCCGUAUACAUUGCAGACAAAUGUUUACAUCAGAGGGAGUGGCGAUGGGAGGAUUAUAGGGAGAGAGAUGAAGUUUCAUUUGUGGUUUGAUCCAACACAAAAUUUCCAUCACUAUGCUAUUUUGUGGAGUCCUAAAGAGCUCAUAUUCCUUGUGGAUGAUGUGCCCAUAAGGAGGUACCUUAGGAAGAGUGAUGCCACCUUUCCACUGAGGCCAAUGUGGGUAUACGGCUCCAUAUGGGAUGCCUCAUCAUGGGCCACUGAAGAUGGAAAAUAUAAAGCCGAUUAUAGGUACCAGCCGUUUGUGGCAAGGUACACCAAUUUCAAAGCGAGCGGUUGCACGGCCUACUCGUCCGCUCGGUGCCACCCGGUCUCCGCCUCUCCGUUCCGGUCCGGGCUGACCCAACAACAAGAAUGGGCCAUGAGAUGGGUUCAAAGCCAUCAUUUGGUGUAUGACUAUUGCAGAGAUUCCAAGAGGGACCAUUCCCUAACACCCGAGUGCUGGGGUUAGAGUGAAAAUUGAAAUUUUUCUACAACAAGAUUUACUUUGUGAUUUUUUUGUUUUUUGUUUUUGGGGGUAAUUUAGUGUGUGUCUUGAGAUGGGUCCCUCUUGCCAACAAGGUUGAUGCAAGGGUAGACAUCCAAGACUCCAAACAAAACAAAAAGAAUUGGAAAAAUUUUAAUUUUGUGUGCAUUGUUGUGUCCAUUUUUCUGUCAAAAAUGAUUCGGCCUACAUAGGUUGUUGGAAAAAACACAAUGGGGGAGAUAGAGAUGGACUUGGAGAGAAAUGGAGCCGAGGAGAUGGGGUCAUGGGGUCAUGGGGUUUAGCCCUUUCGGUGACAGUUUCCACUUUAAAUAAUAAAGCAGAAGCUUUUUGUAUUAUGUGUCUGAUAUCAAGGCCAUGAAAGUUUGGGCACUAUAUAUAUAUAUUUGUUCAUGGAUUGAACUUAUGAAAUCCGAUCAAUAUACACAAAGAAAAAUGAAAUUGUUUG